AUGUGUCGAAAUUUUGGCACUGUCAGAGUUCUCUUGUUUGUCUUCAAUUUCGUCUUCUUAAUUUUAGCCAUAUUCACGAUCACUCUUUCUGCUUCUCUGCUCACCAUAACCAACCGAAUCGAUUUACACCUCAGCAGUCAUUGGGUCUUCAGCAUGGUCAACGGAUGCAUCUUCCUCUGCCUCUGUCUCUUUGGUUUCUUGGCUCUUUUCAUGCAAAGAAUCUGGAUACUGAAGACAUUCAUCUUCCUUGUAUCAGUCAUGUCCACAAUUCACUUCGUGUUAGCCAUAGUGUCCUACUCGUCGGCUUGUAGCAUGGAUGAAGACAACACCAAAAACGCCAUCGUUCACAUCUUUGAAAGUCAAGAGCAAGCUCACAAAAAUCACGUAGAUUUGAUCCAAACACAAGUAAAGUGUUGCGGAUUGGAGGGAAUUGAAAGCUGGGGAAACAACAUUCCUUCGAGCUGUUGUGACCAAGACGUUUGCACUCCUUCGAAUUCCUACAAGGACGGUUGUAGUGCAAAAUUAUUCAAAGGAUACAGAAAGAUGAACAUAAUUUUGGCUAUUGUGGCUUUCGUUACGGCCACAGAGGCGUGCGCACUAAUUGUAGCGGUUUACUUUGCAACGAAAUUUGCGAUGCGAAGAACAGAAGCAGCUUUUCUUAAUACAGCUGUUUUGUAA